AUGGUGUGCGCCAAGUGCGAGAAGAAGGGCCUGGCCCGCGCUGCUGCACCCGACCCGUUCCGCAACCGCAACGCGCAGGGCACCCUCGUCGCCUCGGGCUCCAAGGUCGGCGUCGCCUCGACGGGCCCGGCGCGCCCCGGCGCCUCGACGUCCGUCGGCAAGGCGCCGGGCACGACGAACAAGCUGCUCAGCGCAAAGGGCCGCUACGCACCCACGGCGCUCAAGUGCAAGACGUGCGGCAGCAACACGCAGCAGGACCGCGCCACGUACUGCCAGUCAUGCGCCUACAAGCGCGGCAUCUGCGCCAUCUGCGGCAAGAUGGUCAUGGACACCAAGAUGCACAAGAUGUCGUCGUGA